AUUUCUUUUGGUUUAUAUACGUGCAGUACGUUCGAUACAUUUAUUAUUAGUACAUAAAAUUUUCUCCCACAAAAAAAUGAUUCCAAUUGAGUAUGAACCUCCGGUAGAGGAUGCACGUGUAGUUAUUGGGAUAGAUUUUGGCACAACAUUUUCGGGUUUUUCUUUCGCCUAUAUUAAACCCGAAAAGGAGAAAAUAGAAAUUGUAGUGAACGAUAAUUGGCUGGGAAUUAAAGGUCCUAUGAAAACAAAUACCGUAUUGCAAUAUGACGAAGACUAUGAAGACGUUAUUGCAUGGGGAGCUAAGGCACUAGCUGGCGAACCUUCCAAAAAAGCUAAGAAUAAUCAACCAAGACCGGUUGAGUUGUUUAAACUUCAUUUAGGUGACGUCCCGGAAAGCAAAAAGCCUAAAUUACCGGAUGGAAUUACUCCUGAGAGAGCAAUAACUGAUUAUCUUCGUGAAAUGGAUGAAAUCAAACGUUGUUGGUCUAAUGUUGAUUUUUACCAUCACGUGCGAAUUAUUGUUACCGUGCCUUCUGGAUUCUCUGAGAAAACAAAGUCAAUAAUGAGAAAAUGCUUAUUUGAUGCCGGAUUGAUCAAAAGGAUUGGUACACUAGGUCUUCAGUUUACCACCGAACCGGAAGCAGCAGCGAUUCAUUGUAUGAGUAUAUUAAAGGAACACGGGUUAUCAACUGGAGCCAAAUACUUAAUUGUUGAUUGUGGUGGAGGGACCGUGGAUUUAACCGUUAGGAAAUUAUUACCAGAUAAUAAGUUAGGAGAAACGACUAUGAGAUCAGAAGAUUUUUGCGGUGGAUCCUAUGUAGAUGAUAAAUUUCUAGAAUUUCUUGAAAAGAAAGUAAGUAAAUCUGCGAUGAACGAGCUAAAAGAGAAAAACUACGGCCAGGUCAAUUAUAUGGUACAGCAAUUCUGUUUUCAUGUUAAAAUUCCAUUCACUGGCGAAGAGUCCGACUUCGGAACUUUUGAGUGGGACAUUGAGAGAAAGUGUCCGGCUCUUAAGAAAUAUGUUACCGGAUCUGAAAAAAAUAAACUGCGUGAGGAUGAUUGGAUUAUUGAUCUCGAUUUUAAGACAGUAAAAGGGUUUUUUGAUCCAGUGAUCGAUAAGAUUUUGAAAUUGAUUAAGGACCAGUUGAAGAAAUGUCCGGAUUGUUCAAUGAUGUAUUUGGUCGGAGGUUUUAGCGAAUCGAAAUAUCUUCAAACUAGAGUUAAACAAGCAUUCGAACACAAAAUCAAAAUAGCAGUCCCACCUCGUCCGGUUAUUGCGGUUGUAAGUGGUGCGUGUGAAUAUGGACUUGAUACAAAAGCAGUGAGCACUAGAGUAUUGAAAUGGACAUAUGGAGUUCUAAUUUCGCCUAAAUGGCAACCUGGUGAUCCACCAUCUCGUAAAGAUAGCAAUGGUAGAAUCGACAAAUUUUUUUUAAUGGCCGAGAAAGAAGUACAGGUGGAUGUAGACAAAGAAUUUUCUGAGCGUUUAUAUCCGUCUUAUCCAAAUCAAACCUCCAUAGACUUCUGCAUUUAUUACACUUCCAAAUAUAGUGCAACAUAUUGUGAUGAGCCCGAGAUGAAUUUCUUGGGUAAGUUCAAUGUUGAUCUACCCGACGUUCACUUGGGAACAAAUCGUCCCGUGAUGCUGACUCUACGUUUCGGAUCCAUGGAAAUUUUUUUAAAAGCGACGAAUGAAACUAAUCGUAAAGUUUAUCGCACAACAUUCUGUAGCACAGAAUGAUUUCGUAUACUUAAUAUAAUGUAUAAUUUAUUAUAAUAUAUAUAUGCAUUGAAUUAUUUUUGUAUAUUAAAAUUAUAAAAAGAAAUUAAGUAAUUACUAUGAAAAGUUUAAUUGGUUAUUUUUCCUAACAAAUAUAAUAUUUGACAGUGUUUCAUCACGGCAGAUUUAUGAAAUA